AUGUCAUUUUUUGGUCAAUGUAAUGGAUUGAGUGGUUCGAGUGGUUCGAGUGGAACAGGAGGAACCAAUCUAGCAACUGGAGGAGUCAAUGAAAGCUUGCAAAUGGGAAAUAGAAGUGACGCUGGCGCUAUACCUAGCAGCGGUAAUGUUAGUGGUACAAUCCCAAGUAGUAAUGCUCAUACAUCGUCGAGAUUAUUGCAGGAUUUAUUAGAGUCCGCUAAUAAUUUACCCAAGCCAAAUAAUUCAGAUUUAGGAUCAAUUCACUUGACAUUGAAUGGGUUGAAGAAAAAAUCGAACCAGCUAAGAAAGAGGAAUGAUAAUGAAGGACAGAACUUCACCAAGGCACAUUAUUUAUUGGCGUCGAGUGGGGUAAGCGCAGAAGAGAUCGAGAACGAAUUGAACUCGAUUGAGGUGCCAGUGAAGCCACUUGAAUCGCAGACUGUUUCGAAUGCAGUUAAUAAUAAUAUCGAUAGCUACUUGAACGACAAGAAGGACGAGAAUAUUUUGGCGGCUAUUGAGCAGUCUUUGGUAUCGGCGUCGAAAGACUUCAAUCAGUUCAUCAAUGAAAAUGUUUCCAUCGACUGGAAAGUACGUCGAGACGAAUUGAGAAAAUCGUUUGGAAUCGGCAGUCCUCAGAAAAACACAUCGCAUAAGGUGUCGAAACCCACCAAAUCUGUAACAUGGAACAAGUCCAUCCCCGGUAAUUAUAAUGUAUUAACGCCAUUAUCGACCAAUAAAUCUACAUCAUUUUUAAAGAAUUUGACGAGAGAAAAAUUCGAGAACAAUGCCCAGAUUGUAUAUCAAUUGAAUGAGGCUAGAUUAAAUAAUUCGUUCUUUCCAAUAGCUUUAAGUUUUGAAGAAUUGAAUAAGUCAUAUUCAGAUUUGAAGUCAAGACAAAUUUCGGAGGCCUGGAAAAUACUUAUCGAGUUGACAAACGAAAAAACAAAUAAGAUUAAUCAAGAACAAAAGUUUUUUGAAACGUACCAGACUGCUGAUCAUACCAAUUCCAUGAAAUUUAGAAAGCAAGUCAUACAAAGAAGUAAAAAUUACUUGGAACAGCAGUUUUAUAACUAUAUGGACGAAAUCUACACUAAGGAUGAUAAAAAGAAGCAGUUCUCUACAUCAAUUAACAUUGACAAGGUUUCAUAUUUUAUUGAUAGAAUCAUCAUGAAGAAUAAUACGGGAUUUGUAGAUCAAACCUUGAACGUUAAUGGUGUUCCAAUAUGGGCAUUGAUAUUCUACUUAUUAAGAAGUGGUUUAUAUAAUGAUGCUCUAGAGUUGGCAUCACAAAAUAAAGAUCUUUUCAAUAAAUUUGAUAAGAACUUCCCAGUUUACAUAAAGAAGUUUGUUGAAAAUGAUUGCAUUAACUUACCUAUGGAAUUGAAUGAAAGAUUAAAUGCUGAAUUUAAUCAACAGUUUGCAUUUAUUAAUGAUGACUUGAAGGGUAACUUCGAUCCGUUCAAAUAUUCAGUAUAUAAACUUAUUGGAAAAUGUGACUUAUCGAAGAAAAAAUUGCCAGAUGAAAUUAAUUUAAGUAUUGAGGAUUGGCUUUGGUUUCACUUAUCCAUAAUUAAUGAGUUCAGCUUUGACUUGAAUUCAUCAAGUUUAAUUUUUGAAAACUAUUCCUUGGAAAACUUACAAAAGAAAGUUAUUCAAUUAGGACCUAAGAAGUUCAAUUCAUCUUCCAACAACCCUUUAUACUUAAAAACUUUAAUAAUGGUAGGGUUAUACGAGUUGGCUGUGGAAUAUGCAUUUGAUCUGAUAAACGAAUGUGAUGCUGUUCAUUUAGCAAUCGGAUUGUGUUAUUACGGAUUAUUGAAAGUUUCAAGUUUCAAUAAUAAAGACGAGUUAAUUUUCAUAAAUUCAUCAAAUGAAUACGAGAUUAACUUCAGUAGAUUGUUAGGUUCAUACACGAGAUUUUUCAAGAUCAGUGACCCAAUGGUUGCUUGCCAAUAUCUCAUCUUGAUUGCCAUGUCAAAAGGUGGUGAUUCAAAGGAAGAAAUAUCCAAAUGUCAUGAAGCUUUAAGAGAAUUAAUCUUGAUUUCAAGAGAAUUCAACAUGUUGUUAGGUGAGUUGAACCAAAAUAAUGGGAACAAGAUACCCGGGAUUUUAGAGAAACAAAGAUCUUUAAUUAAUUUAUCUAAUUUGGAACAAUUUCAAAAGCAAAUCAUCGAAACAUCUGCUAUUAGAUGUGAAGAAGAAGGUAGAAUCUUUGAUGCAUUAUUAUUAUACCAAUUGUGCCAAGAUUUUGAUACGGUUGUUUCGUUAAUCAAUAAAUUAUUAGGUGAAACGUUAUCAACUACCGAAUUAGAUAAACCAUUAAUUAAUUAUGGUAAUUAUGAAAAUAUCAAUGGCGAAAUACAAUCUGAAAAUACUAUAGAUAAUAAUAUUAUAUUAUUAUCUCAACACAUAAUGAAGCUUUUCUACAAUAACAGUUUUAUUUUGGAUAGAAUCAGUCCUUCCAAAAAGGAAACUUGCGAUUUAUUAUUACCAAUAAUUCACAUCAGAGACUUGUUUAUGAAUAAGAACUGGAAUGACGUAAUAAUUGAAAUUAAUAAAUUAGGAUUAUUACCUGUUAAUAAAUCUAAUGGUUUAAUUGAAAUCAGAAAAAUGGCAGAAUUUGUUCAUAACACAUUGGAUGAUACAUUGAUCAAAGUUAUCCCAUCUUUGUUGAUAAUGGUAAUGACGUCCGUGUCGCAAUUGAAUUAUUCUAUCUUAACGAAGCGUUAUCAAACCUCAAGUAAUGAAAGAGAAGAAUUGUCCAACUUAAAGACCAUUGCAAAGAACUGUAUGAUUUAUGCUGGUAUGGUACAAUAUAAGAUGCCAAGAGAAACAUACAGUUUACUUAUUUCCUUAGAAUCACUGUUGUAA